ACACAAUAAGUAUAUUGCAGUUUCCUUAUAAUUAAUUCAGAUCAAUUCAAACCCGAUCUGAAUUACAAUUUUUCAUUCACAUCAUUUCUCCUCUCCAAGACUCCAAGUUCCUUUAUAAGGGCCUCAUCAUGCAUGUUGAUUGUGCCUAACCAAUGAAAUGCAAACUGUCUCACAUGCUUAAGCAAAUACGUUUAUACAACAGACUGCCCUUCUCCUUAUCUCUUCAAUGGGAGAACAAGUGCCUCAGUCUCCAAUUUCAGUUGUCAUUGACCCUCCCAUCAUCAUCACCGCAACUGCUAAUCCUCAAGAACCCAAAGAAGCAGCUUCUCCUUCUGAUUCAAUUUUAAGCAGGCUCCAUGCGGGCUAUUUCAGAAUAUGUCUCUCUUUUGGGGCCCAAGUUUUGCUGUGGAAGACUCUGAAUGAACAUGUCAAUGAGACAAAUUCUAUCCACAGUAUAUUUCACACUCAUUCUUUCCCUUCAACAGCUUUCUUCCUGCUCUAUUGGCUCGCCCUAUGCACUCUCAUUCUACUCUCCUUUCUUUACAUUUUGAGGUGCAUAUUCUACUUCCGGCUGGUGAAAGCCGAGUUCUUGCACCAUGUCGGUGUAAACUGUCUCUUUCUUCCCUGGAUUUCAUGGCUUCUUUUGCUUCAAGCGAUCCCAUUUGCGAAAGAGACAAAGAAUUUUCCGUGUCAGAUGCUGUGGUGGAUUUUUAUCGUUCCGGUUGUGAUACUUGACAUAAAAAUUUAUGGACAGUGGUUCACCACAGAGAAGAGGUUUUUGUCGAUGGUGGCAAAUCCGACUAGCCAGUUAUCUGUGAUGGGGAACUUGGUAGGCGCCUGGGCUGCGGCCCGGAUGGGGUGGAAGGAGAGCGGUGUAUGCAUAUUUUCACUUGGUUUGGCGCACUACUUGGUAGUGUUUAUCACGCUUUAUCAACGUUUAUCUGGUGCGCGCCAUUUUCCAGCAAUGCUUCGGCCUGCUUUCUUCUUGUUUGUGGCUGCACCAAGCACUGCUAGUUUAGCCUGGAGCUCCAUUUCUGGGAGUUUUGAAGUGCCAUGCAAAAUGCUGUUUUUUCUGUCACUCUUCCUCUUCACGUCCUUGAUCUGUCGGCCAUCACUUUUCCGGAAAUCGAUGAAGAGGUUUAAUACAGCAUGGUGGACUUACUCCUUCCCUCUAACCUUUCUGGCGCUGGCCUCCGCAGAAUACACACGAGAGGUGAAGGGAGUUGUGGCAUCCGGACUAAUGCUCAUACUCUCCACACUAUCAGUGUUGGUUUUUCUUGGAGUUCUGAUAGUCACUGCCGCCAACACCCACACGCUUCUGCGGGAAAAUGAUGCCUGUUUAAAUUAAGCUGGAACUUAAAAUACAAGCAAUUAAUUAAUCUCAAUAAGUGUUUACUUAAGUUGCCUAUUCUAACAUGAACUUUCUCUUAAUUGUAAGAUGUAUUCCACUUUACCAUAUGUAGAUUGGUUUACCAUGGGUGAUGUUAUGGUUAUCUCAUUCAAGUUUUAAUCAAAUGCAUGCUUUAUGGCCGACUUUAUUCGUAAUCAAUCACAAAUUCCACUAUUAUUUCUUGUACAAGUAAAUCUCUGUUAGUAAUUUCUGGAGUAUAUGCAGGGCAAGCAACUGAGUAAUAUUAAGCCCAGCAGUUUUACUUCCAGAGCUAGCACUAGCCCGUUGAUUCCUCUGGUGGUUGAGGCCCAAACGACCCAACUGACUA